CAUCUCUCAGAGCUUUGAUUCGAACGUCAUGGUACCACACACUGGCCUGUGGAAGACUGUUCAAACCUUGUCCAAAGCCGCCAUAUAUGUGUUACUACAUUAAUGAACGAGUCCCUGCACGAAUUCUGGACCUGAAUUCAAUCUAUUAUCCACGCUCUAGGCGAUGUCGUAAAAGUGGCUAUUGAAUGAGCGCCUUACAUUUGAACUUGAACACUGGUCUACUUCACUUCCUAGAGCUUGAGCUUGCCUCCUGCAAAUACGCCUUACCCAUGAUGGGACCUGCACCCGAAGACGAUGUCCCUAGCGAUUUCACACCCCAAAUUUCUGAGAAGUUGAAGCUCGCGCGUCCAUGCGCAUCUGGGUCCUUCGGUGACGUGUAUCGGUUCACCAUCGAGAUCAACAAAGGCACAACAGAGGUCGCAGUGAAGGUGGUCAAGAUCCAUCCUCCCAAGAGAUCUAUAGAGAAAAUUGAGAAGGCGAUGCGUCGGGAACUCAAGGUGUGGCUUAGACUGUCAAAAUACCCAACUAUCGUACCACUACUUGGUGUCGCACACGUUGGGUCUCAUUUGCCGGGUCUCAUUUCGCAAUGGAUGCCCUCUGGUACAUUGUACAUGUACCUCGAGCAAGGUACAGUCACCGCUUCCGCUAAAGCUCAAUUGGUAACAGGCAUUGCCGAGGGCCUCAGGCAUCUCCACUCGGAGAAUGUUAUUCACGGAGACCUCCAUCCCGCAAAUGUACUCAUAGAUGGUGUGGGGAAUCCACUUCUCACCGAUUUCGGUCUCGCAACAGUUGUAGGAGACCCAGAUUUGCAGUGGGGUAGCACAACCGCAGGCAGCGACUUCAAUCCCCGAUGGCGGGCGCCCGAGGUCAUUGGAAUCAAGGGUGACCCUGAACUACCGACUUUCGAGAGUGAUAUAUAUUCCUUUGGCGGUGUCAUGAUUUUUGUGGUCUCGGGGGACGUGCCAUGGAAACAUAAGGGGGCAUUUCAAAUUGUCGCUGCGCUGGCGGAACGAGCCAACCCUGUCAGUGCACGUCCCCACAACAUUCUAGACAAUCACUGGGUCUUGAUUCAGAAAUGCUGGUCUUGGGACCCAUUGGAUCGCCCGAGGGCUGUGGAAGUGCUUGGAUGUAUUCAUCAGUUUUCAUUCAUCCAUUAGUCCGCCUCACUUACUGAAACCCACUAGCUAUACGUGUGACGGGACUCGCAAUUGAAGACAAUACCCUUGGCGACUUCACAUCUCAAAU